AUGAACAGUUUGGAGUAUGUAGAGGUGUUAGGUAGUCACCUUGUACCGUACUGGCAGGAAGGAUACGUUUUUAUGCAGGACAAUGCCUCGGUUCAUAGGUGUAGGGCAACUCCACAGUACUUGCGUGACAAUAAUAUAGAGGUUCUUGAUUGGCCAGCCUGUUCCCCAGACCUAAACCCCAUUGAAAACUUAUGGAGCAUUAUUGUCCGCAACAUACACAGCGGUGUUAGGCAAUUUGAAAGUGUAAUGAACUGA